AGUUGAACGAUCGUGUCGUGUUCCGUUGCGGUUCGCAGUAUACAAGUUUUAUUCGCAAGCGCGCGAAACAAUUCGCAAAAAGUUCAAUUUGAUUUGAAAAAUAGUGCUUGCCAUAAAAAAUAAUUGCAAUUGAAAUUGAAUUGGCAAAACAUCUGAUUCUGCCUGCAGCAAAUUUCGUUUGUGCAUAAUUUUGCAGUCUUUGUGUCUGUGUGUGUGUCCAGUGCUCGCGUGUGUGUGUGUGAGUGUGUGUCAAAAACGUGCGUGAAAAAAUGCACUAAACACACGAAAAUCAAAAGCGCAAUAGGAAAAACAUCAACAAUGCGAAAUUAAAAGCGAGCAAAAGCAAAGUAAAAGAAAAAAAAAAAGAAAGAAAUUUAUUAUCGAAAAUCGAAUUAAAAUCCGGUAUGCAAAAUACAAUGCCAGCGAGUUUUCCAGCUGCUGCUGCUGCUUCUGCCGCGGAUGCGUUGACGCCGCCAGACUUUGAUUUCCAGAUGCCUUGUCGCUACUUUAAAAGUUCUUUUGCGCGUUCGCUUUCACUGAACAACAACAACAACAGUGGUGGGAAUGGGAAUGGGAGCAUUGCGUUGGCAUUGGCAAAGAAGUCACCACAGAUUCCGAUUUCAGCGAUUGAGGCCAUGCAGCCAGAAGAGAAUGGGGAGGGUGAGGUGGAGCUGGAAUUGCAAUCACCCUGUUUGACGCCGCCGCCAGCGCUUCCAGCGCGUCGUCACACGAGCAGCAGUGGCAGCAACAAUUUGACACAUUUUAACACUGCGUCGGCUAAUCAGCUGCCACCACUACAACAACAACAGCAGCUGCAGCAAAAGAGGAAUCUGAAUCUUACCGUCGCUUGGUCGCUACAGGAUGCCGCACCCAACAACAGCAGCAACAACAACAACUACAACUUGGCACAGCAUCAACAGCAACCACAGCAAUCGGCAGCAACAGCGCAGCAACAAACAGCACAUGAGCAGUCGUUAAAUGUCGAGGCUGUCAUAUUGCAAAAUCAGGUGGAUACAUUGCAAUGGCAAUUGAAGCAGACGGAAACGAAUUGCGAAAUGUACCGCGCUGUUAUGGAGGAAGUUGCUCGCUUCUUCGAGCGCUAUCAACAACAACAGCAGCAGCAACAACAACAGCAGCAACAACUGCAGCAGCAACAACAUCUCCUGCGCCAGCAGCAAAUGCAAGCGAAUCGCCACAGUCUAGGCGGAGGCAGUGGAGAGCAAAUCUCGCGCUCAAAGAGUUUGCAUCAUGUGCAGGGCAGCGUUCAAAGUGAUCCCAAUGGCUUCACGGAGAACUCGACAAGUUCUGCAUCGAACUCAGCCUCUGCAUCGUAUCUGCGAGCACGCAGCAGCACCAACUUGAUGUUGAAUCAAUCGAUGCUGACGAUGAACGAGGAUCACAAUUACGAAAGCAUUGCGCCCGCUGGCAGUUAUAAUGCCUUCAAGGAUUUUACCUGGCGACGUUCGCCGAAAAAAGUUUGGCGGCUGCAAGGCGCGAUUGUCAUCGCCGGAAGCAGCCGAGGAGAAACUGAACCAGGAGGCGUUUCGCCUGGCGCGCACCAUACGCAAUCUGUUGCACACAUCGCAACAGCAACCGGAUCUCACGCAGCCGCGUCAUUCGAUUGGAGUUGGAGUUGGAGCUGCAGGUCAUCGGCUGUGCAUGACGCAAAAGACGAGCUCAGUGCUGACUCUGCACAAUGCCACAAUGGAUGCUACGACGCCUAGUUUGCCAGCUGCCAAGACAAGCAGCAACAGCAACAACAACACCACCGCAACUGCCACAGCAACUGCCACCGCUGCUGAGAUGCUCUUUCUGCGCGCCAACACAAUGCGAGACUCACGUCUCUCGCUGCGCAGCUCCACCGAC